UGCUGCCAUCUACUGCAACCAAGAAAGUACAGAAACCAGACAUUAUUGUGUUCCUAAGAUGCUCGAUAAUGUCAGGCGGAAUCUGGGAGAUGAAGGAGACUGGAUUUUAUUGGCCCAGGACAGGGUCCGGUGGAGGGCUUUGGUUAAUUCGGUGAUGAACCUUCGGGUUCGGUAAGCCAUCAAGUUAGUUCCUCGGCUUGCGCGCGGGUCUCAGCAUGUAUAUUGCGGAGAGCGAGUGGGCGGUCGAACAAGAGGUUUCUUGUCACGCGGGUGCCUUUCCGUUACCGCCGUGCUCCAUGUUUUGUCCUUCCGCCUGAGUACGUGUCCAGGCCAACGGUGUUUCGUCUUCGAGAUAUGUACGAGUGACUCUUUGACUCCCGACUUUUUCAGAAUGUCAUGAGUUGUGAAAAUUGUGGGCCUUUGGUGAGGCUCCGCGUCUCACAGUUCCAAAGCAAAGAGCUAAUGACAUGAACAAUCCAUGGUACUGUGUGAUCGUCUAUAUAUAAAGUCGACUAAAUUAGAGGUGUGCAGAAUUAAAAUGUAACUUUUUUAUUAGUUAAUGGUCCAGGUAGCAAUAUAUCAUUCAGGAGAAUUGGAGUAGUGAAAGCAAAAUAUAUUGCCCGAUCUGAUUUUCGUAACAAAUAGCACGGAUACGCUGUGAAAACUUUUACUUCGUCCUUUAUUGUUAAGCCAUCGGUUUUAUCUUCUGUAUGACUUUAAUUUCUCGUGUAUUACUAACGAAAAAUGGGAUGCCUUUUUCACAAAGGGAGACAGAAUUCGAAUGUUACUAAGAAAGGAGAAGUGAAAUUAGAAGGAUAUUCAUGGGAUAAAAGGAAAACUGUGAAUUUGAAAGACUACAUCAUAGAAAGCAUUGAAGAUGGUGAAGUUUUGAAAAUGCCAGGUGCAGUAAACGGCCAACAGUUUGUCAUUCAGAACUGCAAAAACACUAGUAUAUUUGUAUUUGACCAUGCAAAUACAGUUACAGUUGAUGAUUGCAUUAACUGUAAGAUUAUAUUGGCAGCAGUGAAGGGCAGCAUAUUUCUGCGAGAUUGCAAGGAAUGUUUGUGUGUAGUAGCAUGUGGACAGUUUAGGGCACGAGACUGCAGAAAGGUGGAUAUCUUCUUAUGUUGCACCACUCAGCCAAUAAUAGAGUCCUCUAGCAGUAUUCACUUUGGUUGCUACCAGUUGUUUUACAAUGAGUUGGAAGAACAUUUUCAGCAAGCAGGAUUAAGCGUGUUUAACAAUAACUGGAGCAGCAUCCAUGAUUUCACUCCCAUUGAGGGAGAACACAACUGGUGUCUAUUCCCAGAUACGAUAAAAAUACAAGAUUAUGUUUCCCUGCCUGCUUCACAAGAAUUACAGAGAUUGAGUGCAUCAUUGCUGGCAGAGAGGAGUGUUGUGCCUCACACGUGGGGCCUGCACAAAACACCUAGUGGAGAAUCGUGCUUAGUGGCUUUCUUUUCUGAUGGCCAGCAAGUGCAGCGAGCGAAGGCCUUUAUUAAUGCACUCAAGAUUGAAAAUCCGUAUUGUCUUCUGCUUUUGAGCAAGGAGGCUCGUAUGCAGGGGGUUGAUGCCGAGCACGUCUUUCGAACAGACUCUUACAACGCAGCAGUACAACGAGGUCUGGUGGUCGGUUUGCAUUACAGUGGCCCCAACUGUAUCCAUUCAUGUCAGAAAGUGGCUGUUAGUAUAGCAACAGCUACAGGAUCAACUGGGCUAGUGUAUGUGAGUACGAAUCCUAAAAUUUCUCAAAAACAGGUCGACAGUUUCUUCAAUUUUGCAAACAUGCAAUUGAUUGCUUAAAAUUAUUAUUGUUUUGUGUGAGUCUGUGAUUGUAACUUAUUUGCUGUGUGUAAGAGAACAUACCUAAUUCCUUACAUUUUAUAAUCUUUUACUAUAACACAAAAGAAAAUGCCAUGUUACAAGAGCCUACUGUAAGAAUAUUCUGCAAGAGGGAGUUUGUGAGGCAAAGUAUGUAUGUAAGAACACAUAUUGCCAAGUAUUUGUUCUUUUUAUAUGGUUAGAAUAAUAAUAGUAUAAGUUAUUAAGAAAUUAAUAGUAUAAGUCACUAUUUAGCUACAGCCUAAGAAACAGAUGCAAGUGUCAUGAUUUUGUCUGUAUUAUGUUGAGAAGUAAUUAUGGACUACAUUGUAAACAGUAUGCCAAGUAUAAUUUUUGCAUAGUUGGUAA